AUGGCUGGACCACCAAAGAAGAAGCAGAAGCGCGAGGAGAAGCAGGAGGGCGAAUUACCUCAGAAGAAAUACUACCGCCAACGAGCACAUGCCAAUCCAUUCUCGGAUCAUGAUCUAACAUACCCGGAGUCUCCAAGUGCAAUGGAUUGGAGCCAGCACUAUCCAGCUUUCGUGCAGAAAAACACCUCAGACGAAAACACACAUCCUCAGUUGACCAAGAAUGUCACAGUCGCAGACAUCGGCUGCGGCUUCGGCGGUCUCCUCUUCGCCCUAUCUCCCAAAAUGCCCGACUCCCUGAUUCUCGGCAUGGAGAUCCGUACAUCCGUCACAUCGUUCGUCCAAGACAAAGCGAAAGCUCUCCGCGCACAGCACGCCUCCACAGGCGAGUAUCAAAACGUAUCGUGCAUACGCGCCAACACGAUGAAGUUUCUACCGAACUUCUUCACCAAAGGACAGCUCGAAGCGAUCUUCCUGUGCUUUCCGGAUCCGCACUUCAAGGCCCGCAAGCACAAGGCGCGGAUCGUUAGCACGACGCUGAACUCGGAGUAUGCGUAUGUGAUGAAGCCAGGUGGGAAGGUGUAUACGAUUACGGAUGUGGAGGAUUUGCAUUUGUGGAUGGUGGAGCAUUUGGAGGCGCAUCCGAGUUUUGAGAGGGUCGGUGAGGAGGAGUGCGGGCAGGAUGAGGGUGUGGCUACGAUGAAGACUGAGACUGAGGAGGGCAAGAAGGUCGAACGCAACUCGGGAAAGAAGUUUGUGGCGGUAUUCAGGCGGCUCGAUGAUCCGCCGUGGCCUUGA